GGUUAUCGCAUCUACCUUUCAGUCACUCCCCCCUCCAUCUUUCACCAAUUCCUCAUUGCAAAAAUGGGUAAAAUUAAGAAGAAGGGAACCUCUGGCCAGGCCAAAAACUACAUCACCAGAACGCAGGCAGUGCGCAAACUUCAGAUUUCUCUGCCUGACUUCCGUCGACUAUGUAUCUUCAAGGGUAUCUAUCCCCGUGAGCCUCGCAACAAGAAGAAGGCCUCGAAGACUGCGACCCCCAACACCACUUUCUACUACACCAAGGAUAUCCAGUACCUUCUGCACGAACCUCUCCUCCGCAAAUUCCGCGACCAGAAGGCACUUGCGAAGAAGAUCGCCCGCUCCCUUGGCCGUGGAGAGGUCGGAGAUGCUUCUCGCCUGGAGAAGAACCAUGCGCCGAAACUUACCCUCGACCAUGUCAUCAAGGAGCGCUACCCGACCUUCAUCGACGCUCUGAGAGAUCUGGACGAUGCUCUUUCCCUGCUUUUCCUUUUCGCCAACCUCCCCUCUUCCGCCCACGUUCCCCCCAAGACCAUCGCUCUGUGCCAGCGCCUCUGCCACGAGUUCCAGCACUACCUUAUCACCACCAACUCUCUGCGGAAAUCCUUCCUUUCGAUCAAGGGUAUCUACUACCAGGCUACCAUUCAAGGUCAGGAUAUCAUGUGGCUGGUUCCCUACCGGUUCGUGCAGCGUGUCAACGGCGACGUCGAUUACCGCAUCAUGGCCACCUUUGUCGAGUUCUACACCACCCUGCUUGGCUUCGUCAACUACCGCCUGUACUCCAGCCUCGGUCUCAGAUAUCCUCCCAAGUUCGAUACCCGCAGUGACGAGAAUGGUGCGGAGUUGGCGGCUUUCACCCUCGAAGGCCGCUCGGUCGGCGACGCCCCUAAGGCCAUCGACUCCGGCAAGCAGGCGAGCAAGUCUGCCACCCAGGAAGUCUCCAGCGACGUGCAGGCCAAGGUAGACAAGGUCAUCCAGAGCGCCGGUUUGGAUCAGUCCCAGGAGGAACAGUCCGCCGAGACGACAGAGGAGGCGACCGACGCCAUCGACAAGUUCGAGCCCGCUGCCCCCGAGGCCGAUACCCUGCCCCAACCCGAUCUGAGCGGCGAGCAGGCCGGCUCUCUGUUUGCGCCUUUCGUUUUCUACAUCUCCAGAGAAGCGCCCAAGGCACCCCUGGAGUUCAUUCUCCGAGCUUUCGGCUGCUCCCGUAUCGGCUGGGACGCCGUUCUCGGUGACGGAGCCUUCACGCACGACGAGACCGACACGAGAAUCACCCAUCAGAUCGUCGACCGUCCCUCCCUUCCCCAAGAGUCGCUUCCCGCCGUGCCCGCCGCCUCCGCCGAGGGCGCCGUCCAGAAGGUGAGACCGGGUACUCGCAUCCCCGGUAGAACCUACGUCCAGCCGCAGUGGGUCUGGGAUUGCAUCAACGAGGGCAAGCUCCUCCGUCCCGACCUGUACGCGCCUGGCGAGACCCUCCCCCCGCACCUGAGCCCGUGGGUCAAGCCCACCAAGGGAUCUUACGACCCCCGUGCUCCUCUGGCUGACCAGGAGGAGGAAGGCGAAGCCGCUGCUGCUGAGGAAGAGGACAGCGACGAGGAGAUGGAGGAGGCCGGGGAGGAGGAGGCUGAGGCCGCAGAGGAAGAAUCCGAGGCCGAGGAGAGCGACGCAGAGUCGGACAUCAACGGUGGCAUGGACGUCGCCGGCACCGACGACGACGACGACGAGAGCGAGGAAGAGGAAGCAGACGAGGAAGCAGACGAGGACUUUGGCGGAUUCGACGACAACGAGGCCGCUUCCGAGUCCGAGGACGAGGAGGAAGCCGCCCGCACCCAGCACCAGAAGGAGCUGGAGGCCGAGGCCGCCGGUCUCCCCUUCACGUCCGGAGCCACGGGCGAGACGAAGAAGAAGUCGCAGACCAAGAAGAUCGCGGCCAAGAAGCGCAAGGAGGAGGAGGAGCUCGAGCGACAGAAGAUGAUGAUGAGCCGCAAGAAGCGCAAGUUGUUGGAGAAGAUGAUGUACUCGAACAAGAAGAAGGAGGAGGAGGCGGCCAAGCUACGCUCGAAGCGGAGAAAGUUGGAGAAGGCCGGCCAGCAAUAAAGGGUCUGGUGCUUAAAAAAGUGGAUUUAGACUGAUGAUAUCCUUGCUGGGUAUUGGAGAUUUUUAUUUUGUGUGUUUGGCGUCUUGCAUAAGUGAUUUGAUCGAAUGGAUUUAUCUUUCCUUGUCCUGGUUCGAUCCGUAUCCAC